CGCCACACAGAGCAGCCAUUCAUCGGCUCCACGGCCAGCCGCACACACUCCCGUGGAACCACUGCGCGUCUCCACUCACGGUGUAGCGGAUUUCGAUGCAUAAGAAGAAAAGAAAAAAAAAAAAAAAGAAAAAAGGACCUGGACACAUUUACGCAUCAUGACUUCGUAUUAAAAGAGUCCACACUAACCGGGACCAUCGCAAACUCCACAUAGUCCCAUAAAAAAAAAAAAAAAAAAAAAAAAAAAUCAGUGAAAUUAAUUGAAAGUUCUCGUGAAACGAAUUAAGCGGGUUUUUGUUUGUUUGUUUUUUUGUUUUUUUUUUCAAAACUAUUUUUGAUUUUGUAAAUGUCCGGAGAGGAGCACAGCAUGUCCGAAGCGGAGCUGAGCCCCGGAGGUUCGGACGACGCUCACUCGCUUUCCCCGGGCCGCGCCGGAGCUCCGCCCGGCCACGACUCACCUCUGACGGGGCCUCCGCCCCAGCUGACGUCGCUGUGCGCGGCGGACGGCUCCGGGGACGACCGCUCCGCCGUCAAGUCGGAGGAGGAGGACGAGCGCUUCCCCAUCGGCAUCCGGGAGGCGGUGAGCCAGGUUCUGGACGGCUACGACUGGACCCUGGUGCCCAUGCCGGUGCGCGUCAACAACGGAAACAAAGCCAAGCCUCACGUCAAGCGGCCCAUGAACGCCUUCAUGGUGUGGGCGCAGGCGGCCAGGAGGAAGCUGGCCGACCAGUACCCCCACCUGCACAACGCCGAGCUCAGCAAGACGCUGGGCAAACUCUGGAGGCUGCUCAACGAGAGCGACAAGAGGCCAUUCAUCGAGGAGGCGGAGAGGCUGAGGAAGCAGCACAAGAAGGACUACCCGGAGUACAAGUACCAGCCGCGGAGGCGCAAGAACGGCAAACUCGCGCCCGCCAACGAGUCGGACAGCCCCGGCGAGGGCGAGGCCGGCCACUCGCAGUCGCACUACAAGAGCCUGCAUCUGGAGCACAAUGGCGGCGCGGUAUCACCUCUGGGCGACCUGCACCACCACCACCACCACCACCACCACCCUGCCAGUCAGGGUCACAGCCCCCCCACGCCCCCAACCACCCCAAAGACAGAGCUCCAGUCAAGCAAACUGUCAGACGGCAAGCGAGAGGGGGCAGCGGGAGGGGCCGGAGGAUCCGGGGGCUCCAGGGGCCCCCUGGGCGUAGGCGGCGAAGGGGCAUCCGGCGGCCCUUCGUCAUCGGGCUCCAAGCCCCACAUCGAUUUCGGCACGAUGGACAUCGGCGAGAUCAGCAACGAGGUGAUGUCCAACAUCGAGCCUUUCGACGUCAACGAGUUCGACCAGUACUUGCCCCCCAACGGGCACCCCCAGGGCGCCGCCGGAGGCCCCUCCGCGGGUACCUCGGCCUCGUCCUACGCCUACGCCCUGGCCGCGGCCAGCGGCCACUCGGCCUGGCUCUCCAAGCAGCAGCAGCAACAGCAGCCUCAGGGCUCGCCCACGUCCUCCGACCACUCCAAGGCCCAGAUCAAAAGCGAGUCCGGGUCCGGGAGCCACUACGCCGAGGCCUCGUCGUCGCCCUCGUCGGGCGCGCACGUCACCUACGCCCCGCUCAGCCUCCCUCACUAUGGCUCUGCUUUCCCCUCGCUGGCCUCCAGGGCUCAGUUUGACUACGGAGACCACCAGGCCCCCGGGGCGUACUACACCCACUCCAGUCAGGCCCCCGGGCUGUACUCAGCCUUCUCCUACAUGGGCCCUACACAGAGGCCUCUGUACACCACCAUAGGCGACCCCUCCAGCGUGGCCCCCUCCCACAGCCCCACGCACUGGGAGCAGCCUGUUUACACCACACUCACAAGACCCUGAGGGGGGAGUCCAGGAAUAUAUGGGAAGCGUGUGAGAGCAUCUGUGUGCGUGCGUUUGCUAAUGGGAGUUCGCGUGAUGUGAGCGUGCGUGCGAUUGUAUGUCUACGCCAUAUCGAUGUAAUAUUAGAGGUUUUUUACUUUUUUUU